AGCCGCCUUCAGGAUGUCCUGGCGGAGUCUUUAACUUCAACGUCUCCAAAGGUGAACCUGGGACGCCUCUUCGCCCCGGCGGGGAUUGGUUGCCUCUUCUCCUGCUUCUUCUCCUUCUUUUUCCUCCGCCUCGGAGCCCAAGCACACCAUGGAGUUUCGGAAAGAAGAGUUCAAGAAGUUGACGGGCCGGACCUUGGGGCACCUGCACAGGAUCCUUGAACGGAAACAGCCAGGAAGUGAAACCCUUGAGCUGACAGAAGAGGGAAGACCUGUUGAGGUGGUCGAGAAGCACCAGCCGGUUGUCGACUGCACUUGCUUUGGCCUCCCUCGCCGAUAUAUCAUUGCCAUCCUCUGUGGUCUAGGCUUCUGUAUCAGCUUUGGCAUCCGGUGCAACCUGGGAGUGGCCAUUGUCAGCAUGGUCAACAACAACACCGUCUAUGAAGGGGACAAACUCGUCAUGAAGAAAGCAGAAUUCAACUGGGAUCCAGAGACGGUGGGCAUGAUUCAUGGGUCGUUCUUCUGGGGUUACAUAGUCACCCAGAUUCCAGGGGGCUUCAUAUCACAGAAAUUUGCUGCAAAUAGGGUUUUUGGCUUUGCCAUUGUGGCAACGUCCACUCUCAACAUGCUCAUUCCAUCGGCUGCUCGUAUCCACUUUGGCUGUGUCAUCUUUGUACGGAUCCUACAAGGGCUUGUGGAGGGGGUCACUUACCCUGCAUGCCAUGGGAUCUGGAGCAAAUGGGCACCACCAUUGGAACGCAGCCGCUUGGCAACAACAGCUUUUUGUGGCUCCUAUGCCGGGGCUGUAGUGGCCAUGCCCCUUGCUGGCAUUUUAGUCCAGUAUUCUGGGUGGAGCUCUGUCUUUUAUGUCUACGGUAGUUUUGGUAUCUUCUGGUACUUAUUCUGGCUGAUGGUUUCCUAUGAGAGUCCUGCACAGCAUCCGACCAUCACAGAAGAGGAGAGGAAGUACAUUGAAGAAAGCAUCGGGGAGAGCUGUUCUCUGAUGAAUCCCCUAAUGAAAUUCAAAACCCCUUGGCGCAAGUUCUUCACAUCCAUGCCUGUCUAUGCCAUUAUAGUGGCCAAUUUUUGCCGGAGCUGGACUUUCUACUUGCUCUUAAUUAGUCAACCAGCCUAUUUUGAAGAAGUAUUCGGCUUUGAAAUCAGUAAGGUGGGUAUGCUUUCCGCUUUGCCCCACCUGGUCAUGACCAUCAUUGUACCCAUUGGGGGUCAAAUCGCUGACUUUCUGCGAACGCGGAGGAUCAUGUCUACCACAAACGUUCGCAAGAUGAUGAACUGCGGGGGGUUCGGCAUGGAAGCCACGUUACUCUUAGUGGUCGGCUAUUCCCACAGCAAAGGGGUUGCCAUUUCUUUUCUCGUCAUGGCUGUGGGCUUCAGUGGCUUUGCUAUUUCAGGAUUUAAUGUGAACCACUUAGACAUUGCCCCCCGGUAUGCCAGUAUCCUCAUGGGCAUCUCCAAUGGCGUGGGGACUCUCUCGGGAAUGGUGUGCCCCCUUAUAGUCGGAGCUAUGACAAAACACAAGACACGGGAGGAAUGGCAGUAUGUUUUCCUCAUCGCCUCACUGGUGCAUUACGGUGGUGUGAUCUUCUAUGGGAUUUUUGCUUCCGGCGAGAAGCAGCCGUGGGCAGAGCCGGAAGAACUCAACGAGGAGAAGUGUGGCUUUAUCAAUGAGGAUGAACUCAUUGAUGAAGAGGACGAGGCUGCCCGCAUGGCGGUGGGUGGCGGAGGGGCUGGGGGUGGAUACGGUGCCACCAAAAGCACCAGUUUUGCCAACGGCGGCUGGACAGCUGACUGGGACAAGAAGGAGGAAUACGUACAGGAGCCUGGCAAAGAUUCAUAUAUGUACGGCACACCAGGAGAGCGGGACUUAUCGUAGAGGUGCCCCAUCCCUCCUCCUUCGUGGGAUGCUGGGGCCUCGGUUCAAUCUGCUGGAGCGAGGGGGAAAGGCGUACAUUUUGGGUUGCUUCUCGCCCUACACCUUUCACUUGGCCACCCUUUCCUUCCCUCAGCCCACAUUUUGGUGCAUUGGUAAAACUGUCUGGACCCAUUGAAAACGGCCCCAAACUCCUAGCCUUGGUAAUAAUGGCCUGAGAAAAUGUAUUUUCAUCCAAAGCUUUAUCCUGCCCUUUCCAAUGGGUUUUGGGUUCUGCUGUGGGCAACAAAGCAGGCUUUGCAUUUUCUACCCAUUCCUAGCUUCCUUGGCUCUAACACAGUAUCCGCUCGCUUGGAUAAAGAGGGUGGCAUUAAAUUAUACAGCUAAGCAUACUCCAGGACUCCUGAAUCAAAGCUAGUGGAAACAUUUUGCUACCCAGUGACAAUACUUUAACACUGGAGCCUAGGUCAAACAGAGCUUCAUUCACAUUAUGUAAUUCCAGUACUGUGUUCCACCUUGAAUGCAGUGGCAACAUCCUUUGGAGUAUUGGAAUUUGAGGUUUAGGGAGGGGUUUACUUAGAAUAUUCAGCCAGGCAACUCUAGUGCAUCAGCGACCUACAAAAACUUAGGAUUCCAUAGGAUGUUGCCAUGGCAGUAAAAGUGGAGUUACAAUGCUAUAAUUAUGCAAUGUGAAUGGACUCCUGGAAAUAUGAGACAUCACAGUUCAGUGAUAGAGCAUAUGCCCACACUAUUAUAGCUGUAUGAUUCCACUAAAUGCCAUGGCUACAUACUAUGGCAGUGGUUCUCAACCUGUGGGUCCCCAGGUAUUUUGGCCUACAACUCCCAGAAAUCCCAGCUGUUAGGAUUUCUGGAAGUUGAAGGCCAAAACAUCUGGAGACCCACAGGUUGAGAACUACUGGCCUAUGGGAUCCUUGGGUCUAUAGCCAGGCAAUGCCUAGUGUUCACUCCUUGGCAUAUCUCUGCUGACAUAAAAGAAUGACUUGUUAGAAAGUCAAGUAGGGAUACAGAUCAGAGGGUGAUUCAAGUAUGGUUUCCAUCAGUCCAGCUUGUAUAGCCAGUGAAGGCUGAUGAGAGAUACAUUCCAACAUGUGCAUAGUCAUAUCACAGAAUCACAUUGUUGGUAGAGACUACAAGGGCUAUCCAGUCCAAGCCCUGGCCAUGCAGGAAAUAGGCCAUGAGAUGGCUAUACCUGUAGUGGAUCAUGCUGGGCUAUAUACUGAUCAAUAUUCCAAACUCCAUGUUAAGUGGAUGUGUGCAUUCACUCUCCAGAGACACACCUGUCCAGGGUUGGCAUCUACUGAGAAAUGGAUGGAAUUAAAUUUUCCUCCAUCUAAAUAGUCCCAUCCUGUAUCUCACAGCUUCAGCAACUUUGACUUUGGAUGGACAACUUUUGGUUGCCCCAAUGUUCUUGGCCUGUAAUGCCAUCAUAGCCAGUAUAGUAAGACCCUGUAACCAUGGAACCCAUAUCCAUGCUUUCACUUACCAAAACCCAGGAGAAAAUGGUGUUUCUUGGAAUUUUCAAAGUCCUCCAGGCCAAACUAUGAUAUGCUUCCUCUGAAAGUUAUUCACAGAGUUGUGCUGGAGAACCUAGCAAAUUCCUACAGAGGACGCCUCUCCAGGAAUCUCUACAUUUUCCAGUGUAGCCUUGGGGUACGUCGGGACCAGAAGUACAGUCACUUAAUGGCAUUUGGCCAGAUCCAUGGUUGCAUGCAAUCACUGUCCAACUGGAAAUGUAUCCCUGUCAAUAGGAGGGUCUUACUGUACCGAGGAAUGAAGGAAAUGCCAUCCCAAUGACACUGGGAGAGCCACAAGUUGUUGAAGAUGCUACCCCAGAUUUCUGUCUCUUUCUUAGAACUAAACCAAAUCAUUCCCCCUUGAGAAUCUAUCUGGAGAGCUUUAAGGGGCAGUGCAUCCAAUGCCUUCAACAUCCACAUACCAACAAGUACCCAGUACCAAAGAAAGAGCGGUAGCUUGCUUCAGCCAUAAAACCAACCAGUCUAGUACUGGGAAAAAAAAUAGAGCCCCUUUUCUGCCUCCUCUUCAAAAUGCCCAAUUUCUAGGUACUAGAGCCAGAAUCCCAUUGGUAUCUUAUACAUGUGUAAGUUUUCAUACAGAAGACUUUUUUUUUUGUCUGGUGUGGAAUGUCUCCAGUUCAAGAUGGGAAUGGACAUGCUCCAAAUUGUGUGCAUGGCACAUGGUUGCAUACUGUGCAUUAUACAUGCAGGUAUACAUUCUGCAUUACUUGUGGAGAUAUGCAUACCUACUGGGCUGCACAGUCUUGCAACUCAGUAAUGCAGUGACGCUAUGCAGCAAUGACAUAACUCCACAGGUAGCUGAUGCUAAGUAAGGGGUUAUGGGAGUGGAAGCCCAAAAUGUGCAAAUGAAGACCAAAAGUUCCUAACACCCCCGUGCUUGCCUGACAAUCACUUUAAGCCCCGAAAAGUGGGGUGCUGAUAGUAACUACCCUGGUAUGAACGGAGCGAAGGGUGUUUGCUCCAUACUGUGAACCAAUGUUACCGAGUGGAACCUGGGACGUUGCUUUAGGACCAAGAGGCCUAGAUUGCUCUUGGGAGACUUUCUGUCCAAAUGGCCCUGAGCCUAUACAAAGAGAAUGAUCGUGGCCUACCUCACAGGGAUGUUGUUGGGAGGGUGGGCAAAAUAGAAUUGUAUAUGUAUUUUAUUUAUUAUUUAUUUGUUGCAUUUCUAUCCUGCUGCCUUUCCUCCAGUGAGUUCAUGGCAGCGUAUGUGGUUCUCCUCUUACCCAUUUUACUCCCGCAGAGUUAUAAAAAAGAACUCAUAAUAAUACUAAUGGCAAUGAGGAGGGGAGGGGAGGGGGGCAUCAGCAGAACUGGUGGCUUUUGACGACCCCAGUAUGCACAUAGAUGCAUACACGCGCUGCUUUUAUGUUGGGAAUCAGCUCGCAAUAAGAACGCAAACAUUGGAACGCUCCAGAACACUCCGAUAUCCCCGCAGUUUAUGAUCCUCCAAUUUCAUGAAAGUAUACUAGCUUCAGACUGGUGGUGUCCAAGAGCCCCUGGCUCAAUCUAUGGAGGGACACCUCCUGUGCCCCCUUCCCCAUCCUAGCCUCCCCAACUCCAAUAGUUCCCUCCGUGGGUUGGUUGGUCUGUCUGGCGUUCACUCUGUAUGUGUAAUCCUCCCCCCUUAAAUAACCCCUCAACCAGUUGGAAUAAAUACUUUGUUCUUGUGUAAAUAUAUAAAUAUAAAUAUUAUAUACGAAACCAA